AUGCCUCGCCAAACACGUCGUCGUUCCUAUAACGUCCAUUGGAACUGGGCUAUGAUGGACGAACUUGUCGACAUACGCCGCGACAGAAACCGCGCCUACCAUAAUAUUAAUGGUAGAAGCCGCCAUGAUUUUUGGGACUCUGUUGCCAAUAGAAUAAAUAGAAUAUUUCGAACGAGGGUUUCCGGGCAACAGUGCAGCCAAAAGUGGAGGAACCUCGUCAGGGAUUACCAUAACUAUGUCCUUUAUCGUAAUGGUAACCCUGGGCGGCGGCUGUGGACGCGUACCGGCGCAAGAUAUUAUCGCGAAUUUAGAACGAGAUUUUGGGAGAGGCCGGUCACGCGUGACGAUCGUAGGGCAAGGAGAAACUUACCUACGUAUCGUAGAAGAAGAUAA